AUGGCCAGGUCACCCCAGUGCAGUGCACUAAGCUGCAAGUCACUGAGGCCUCACAGUAGAAAGCUGGUGACUGGCCCCCUGGCCCCUAGAAAGAGACUUGGGACAGUGCACCCUCCAUUGUGGUGGAAGCUCAGCUGUCAUCUCAUCAUCAUAUCUUCUCAUAAAACAUUCAGAAUCAAGAGGUUCCUGGCCAAGAAACAGAAGCAGAAUCAACCCAUUCCUCAAUGGAUUCAAAUGAAAACUGGUAAUAAGAUCAGGUGCAACUCAAAGAGGAGACACUGGAGGAGGACCAAACUUGGAUUGUAA